AAGUCAUCAGUCAUCGGUCAUCAGUCAUCAAUCUCCCAAAGGCAUAAGCAUAACCCCACACACCACCACUUCACUACCCAACAAACCUCCUUUUUUUUCAAUUCUUCCCCCUUCCCACCUCCACCCAACUCCUCCACCUUCUUCUCUCUUCCUUUCUUCCUUCCUUCCUUCCAAUUUCAAUCCUCAAAACCCUAAAACCAUUUUUGAUCUCUUCCAUUGCCUCUCCUUUUUCCCACCUCGGUUUUGCUACCGACACUCCCCUCCAAGAAGAAGAAGAAGAAGUAGAAGGAGAAGAAGAAGAAGGAGGUGGAGGAGGAGGAGGAGGAAGUGGGGUAAAGAGUAGAAUUGGAAGACAAUUAAGUAAAAGAUAAUGUAUAAGAACCAGCUUCAAGAGCUGGCACAAAGAAGCUGCUUUAAUUUACCUUCAUAUACUUGUAUAAGAGAAGGUCCAGAUCAUGCUCCAAAGUUUAAAGCUAUUGUUAACUUUAAUGGUGAAUCUUUUGAGUCUCCUCAUUAUUGUUCUACUCUUCGUCAAGCUGAACAUGCUGCUGCCGAAGUUGCUCUUAAUUCUCUCUCCUCUCGCGGCCCUUCUCACUCUCUUGCCGCUCGCAUUUUGGAUGAGACGGGGGUUUACAAAAACCUUUUGCAAGAGAUUUCACAAAGAGUUGGCGCCCCUUUGCCACAUUACACAAUUUACAGGUCAGGCCUAGGGCACCAACCCGUUUUUACUGGUAAAGUAGAACUAGCGGGUAUCAUAUUCACAGGUGACCCAGCUAAAAAUAAAAAACAGGCAGAGAAAAAUGCAGCUUUGGCAGCUUGGCAAUCUCUAAAACAAUUGGCGCAACAAUCAGGGAGUUCAUCUGUUGAGCAAGAGAACACAGACGAGCUUGAGCAGGUGACGAUAGCCCGAGCAUUGUUAAAUUAUCGAUUGAGAGAGAUGAAGAUAUCCGCAUCAACAAAACCAUUGCCGUUCCCACAGACAUUUCCGGUCCAGAAUCCAAGACCUUCGAGCCCCCAACGUCCUCCUGUAAAGGCAUCCAAAAUCCUUCCUUUUAUCUGUCCAAAAAAGAUGCCACCUCGAAUACGGCCCUUUUCAUCUGCAAUGUCUGAUCUUGCUCUAUCAACCAAAUCCCAGGUUCAAGAUUCCCAAACAAGUCAGUCUCCGAGAUUUCCUGGAGUGAGUGCCCCUCUAUACAUUCCAUUGCGGCAUGUGCGUGGAUCUUGCCAUGGUAUGGCACCCCCCGUGACUAUUAGGAAUUCUGUGCCAUGCUACUCUGCUCCACCCGUACCCAGAGCAGCAGCUGCUGCUCCUCCAGUAAUGAGGACAGCACCACCUGUGAAGGUUGCACCACAGGUAUGUAUCAGGAAAAGCGUUCCUGUUUUCUCUGCCCCACCAGUUAAAAGGGAUGACUCAGCAACUGCAACACUCGAGGAGCCAGAUAAAGUUUCAGAUAAAGUAAAACAAAUACAGGAUCCAACUAGCAAGGAAUCUGAAGAAUCUCAAAAUUCUGAGGUGAAUGUUAAGCCCUUUUCCCUUCCCUUUGCGGGCCCUUCUAUGACACGGGUUCCCCCUGUUCGAACUGCACCAUCUGUCUGCAUUCGACAAGCUGUACCUGUUUUCUCGAUGCCACCAUCUGAAAAAGAUGAUAUACGAUCUAUCGAGCUAAAAGAGCCUGAUAAGAAUGUGACAGACGAAGGAAAUCGAGAUUCAGAAGCUGUAAAGAAAUUGGAGGAGCUCAAACUCUGAAAUUACUUGCAAGGAAGAAUGUAGAUCUCUAGGAGUAUUUCAUCAAGGAGAGUAUGGUUUUGAUCCUCUGUUGUCCUAAGCCAUCUUGUAUGAAUGUCCAACCUUCCCCCUAUUUAGUUUUUCUCUUGUAUUUGAGUUGCCAUAUUAUCGAUGUUCCCCUACAGUUAUAUCUCUUUAAACCAGUAUAUUUGUUAGUAACUUAUUGUUAAAGUCUUUUUCGAA